AUGGCCCUGGGCUGUGCCCGCGCCCGCGCUCGCCUCUGUGGGGAGACCGGUGUCCUGCCCCCUGGGACCGCCACACACGGCCUGUCACGGGCUCUGAUAUGUGGCAGCCAGGCCACUCGGAAAGCCGUGGCUGUUGCCCUGGCUCCGCACACUGGAGCCCGCGGGCUGGAGCUGGAGCUGGAGCUGGAGCUGGCGCCGGAGCUGGAGCCGGAGCUGGAGCCGGCCCAGGGCCAGCAGCACAGGGCCACCUCUCCACAGGGGCUGCUGGGGAGCCGUCCAGCACCUUUCAUGUGCUCCGUCCGUUUGGCAGCCCCUGGAUUGUACUCACACUCCUCCUCCACCAUGCCUGUCCGUGGCGGCUGUGGUCCUCCAGCUUCUCAGGAAAGGCGGGCACCGUGCCCGUCCGACAGGCCCGCAGCAUCUGCCGCCGCCGCCGUCGCCACCACCGUCGGCGUCUCCUCGCGGCCGGCGCCCGCCUCUCGCCCUCCCUCCUGCCGCCCGGCUUCGCGCCGGCUCCCGGGGCUGCUGCUGUGCCUGCUGCUGCUGCUGCUGCUGCUGCCUCCCACCUGCCACUCGCGGCGGGACAAGGGCGGCGGCGGGGGUGGGGGCGCUGGCGGUGGGGGUGCGGUGGCCCACUACAUCCCCCCGCUGUCUCACGGGCACCACCCGCCGGCGUACCCGGUGCUGCCGCGCAUCAUGCAGGGCCUGAGCAUCGCCGUGGUGCUGGUGGGCAACUCGAGCGAGGUGGCGUUGGCGGGCGCGCGCGACAAGGACGACUUCUUCCAGCACAUGAAGCUGGCGCCCAACGUGGAGAUCCUCACCAUGAACGAGACUGACCCCAAGAGCAUCAUCAAGAGCAUCUGCGACCUCAUGACCGAGCACUGGCUGCAGGGCGUGGUGUUCGGCGACGACACCGACCAGGAGGCCAUCGCCCAGAUCCUGGACUUCAUCUCCGCCCAGACGCACAUCCCCAUCCUGGGCAUCCGAGGGGGCUCCUCCAUGAUCAUGGCUGCCAAGGAUGACAACUCCAUGUUUUUCCAGUUCGGCCCCUCCAUCGAGCAGCAGGCCUCAGUCAUGCUCAACAUCAUGGAGGAGUACGACUGGUACAUCUUCUCCAUCGUCACCACUUACUAUCCUGGCUAUCAGGACUUUGUUACCAAGGUCCGCAGCACCAUAGAGAACAGCUUCGUGGGCUGGGAGCUGGAGGAGGUGCUGCUCCUGGACAUGUCGGUGGACGACGGCGACUCCAAGAUCCAGAACCAGCUGAAGAAGCUGCAGAGCCCCGUCAUCCUGCUCUACUGCACCAAGGAGGAGGCCGCCACCAUCUUUGAGGUGGCGCACUCCGUCGGCCUCACCGGUUAUGGUUACACGUGGAUCAUACCAUCGCUGGUGGCGGGGGACACAUACCACAUCCCUGCCGAGUUCCCUAUAGGCCUGAUCUCGGUGUCGUACGACGAGUGGGACUACAGCCUGGAGGCCCGCGUGCGGGACGGCGUGGCCAUCAUCGCCAAGGCGACCACCAAGAUGAUGCUGGACCGCGGCGCGCACACGCUGCUCAAGUCGGAGUGCCACGGCACCCCCGACAGCAAGAAGGGCCCCAUCACCGGGAACCCCAACGAAGUGCUAAGGUACCUCAUGAAUGUGACGUUCGAGGGGCGAAACCUGUCCUUCAGCGAGGAUGGCUACCAGAUGCACCCCAAGCUGGUCAUCAUCCUGCUGGACAAGGAGAGGCAGUGGGACAGAGUGGGGAAAUGGGAGAACGGCUCCCUGGCGAUGAAGUACCACGUGUGGCCGCGCCUGGAGCUGGCCGGGGGUGAGAGCCGCGAUGACGACCACCUGUCCAUCGUGACACUGGAGGAGGCGCCGUUCGUCAUCGUGGAGGAUGUUGACCCCCUGAGCGGCACCUGCAUGAGGAACACAGUGCCCUGUCGGAAACAGCUCAAAAUCCUCAAUCAGACGGUCGACUCGGGCAUCUACAUCAAGCGCUGCUGCAAGGGCUUCUGCAUCGACAUCCUCAAGAAGAUCGCUAAGAACGUCAAGUUCAGCUACGACCUGUACCUGGUAACCAAUGGGAAGCACGGCAAGAAGAUCAACGGGACGUGGAACGGCAUGGUGGGAGAGGUGGUGACCAAAAAUGCCCACAUGGCUGUGGGGUCUCUCACCAUAAAUGAGGAGAGGUCAGAGGUCAUUGACUUCUCCGUGCCGUUCAUCGAGACGGGCAUCAGCGUCAUGGUCUCGCGUAGUAACGGCACCGUGUCGCCCUCGGCCUUCCUUGAGCCCUUCAGUGCGGAUGUGUGGGUGAUGAUGUUUGUGAUGCUGCUGCUGGUGUCGGCCAUGGCUGUGUUUGUGUUUGAGUACUUUAGCCCUGUGGGCUACAACCGCUGCCUGGCGGAUGGCCGAGAGGCUGGAGGUCCGUCCUUCACCAUUGGGAAGGCCAUCUGGCUGCUCUGGGGUCUGGUGUUCAACAACUCCGUGCCGGUACAGAACCCCCGAGGCACCACCAGCAAGAUCAUGGUGUCCGUCUGGGCCUUCUUCGCUGUCAUCUUCCUGGCCAGCUACACUGCCAACCUGGCCGCCUUCAUGAUCCAGGAGGAGUACGUGGACCAGGUGUCUGGCUUGAGCGACAAAAAGUUCCAAAGGCCCAACGACUUCUCACCUCCCUUCCGCUUCGGCACCGUCCCCAACGGCAGCACCGAGAGAAACAUCCGGAACAACUACCCGGAGAUGCACGGCUACAUGGUGAAGUUCCACCAGAAGAACGUGGACGAGGCUCUCCACAGCCUGAAGACCGGUAAACUGGAUGCCUUUAUCUAUGAUGCGGCUGUGCUGAACUACAUGGCCGGGCGAGAUGAGGGCUGUAAGCUGGUCACCAUUGGCUCUGGGAAGGUGUUUGCCUCUACUGGCUAUGGCAUUGCCAUCCAGAAGGAUUCUAUCUGGAAGAGGCAUAUCGACUUGGGCAUCCUGCAGCUGUUUGGAGAUGGUGACAUGGAGGAGCUGGAAGCUCUGUGGCUCACCGGGAUUUGCCACCACGAGAAGAACGAGGUGAUGAGCAGCCAGCUGGACGUGGACAACAUGGCCGGCGUCUUCUACAUGCUGGCGGCCGCCAUGGUGCUGUCGCUCCUCACCUUCAUCGCCGAGCACCUCUUCUACUGGCAACUGCGCUUCUGCUUCAUGGGCGUGUGCAACGGCAAGCCGGCCUUCACCUUCGCCAUCAGCAGGGAGAUCUACAGCUGCAUCCACGGGGUUGAGAUCGAGGACAAGCCCUCAGCCCUCAAUUCACCCUCUGCCACCAUGAACAACACUCACUCCAACAUCAUGCGCUUGCUGCGCACUGCCAAGAACAUGGCGUCCCUCUCCGGCGUCAACGGCUCGCCGCACAGCGCCCUGGACUUCAUCCGCCGCGAGUCGUCCGUCUACGACAUCUCCGAGCACCGGCGGAGCCUGGCCGGCCACUCGGACUGCAAGCCGCCCUACAUGCCCGACGACAACAUGUUCAGCGACUACAUCAACGAGGUGGAGAGGACUUUCAGCAACCUGCACCUCAAGGACAGCAACCUCUACCAGGACCACUACCUGCACCACCACCCGGCCUCCGGCUCCAUGCUGGGGCUGACCGGACCCCUGCCCAACAGGCCUCACAGCGUGGGCAGUGGCAGUUCCCUGGAGGGGGGCAUGUUUGACUGUGACAGCCUUGGCGGGGGAGUGGCGCCGAUUUUCACUACGCAGCCGAGGUCCGCUCUGACCCACAGGAAUAUGAGCAAGUUUGACUUGUUGUCCAGCCAGACUCCGCCAUCGGGGCCGGGCUUCAAACAGGGCCUGGCUGACCUCUACGGGAAGUUCUCCUUCAAAGGAGGCGCGUCCAGUUCGGGCUACAUCGCCGGGCACGACCGGUACUGCGGCGGCGGGGACGACGGCAACAUCCGGUCCGACGUCUCGGACAUCUCCACGCACACGGUCACCUACGGCAACCUGGAGGGCAACGCCAAGAAGCGCAAGCAGUACCGCGACAGCCUGAAGAAGCGGCCGGCGUCCGCCAAGUCGCGGCGCGAGCUGGACGAGAUCGAGCUGGGCUACCGCCGGCGGCCCCACCACAGCCACCACCACUACUACCCCCACCGCUCCUCCGUCUCGCCGCCUCCGCUGCUGCCCUCGGAGCGCAAGCGAGGAGGGCUCACCUCCUCCACCUCCUACCUCUUCCAGGACAAAGAGAGCCUGAGGGACUUCUACCUGGACCAGUUCCGGCCCAAGGAGGGCGUGCCCCAGUGGGAGCACGUGGACCUGACCGACGGGCCCGGCGGCGGGGGUGGCGUCGGCGUCGGCGUCAGCGCCAGCAGAGUCGGCGGGGGCAACUGCACCAGCCUGGUGUCCGUGGACGACUUCCUGAAAAGCAAACCCAAGAAGUCGGAGAGCAAAGGCUCCGUCGGGGACGUGGCGGGCAGCGGCGACUGGGAGUGCCGGAACUGCCGAGCCAGCUCGACGAGCGCCGGCGGCGGCAAGCAGAUGUCGCUGCACGGGUACUCCGGCGUGGGCUGCGGGGCGUCCGGAGGCGGCGGGGGCGGCGGAGGGGUCAGCAGCCGCCCGAGCUCGGCCACGUGCAUGCGCUGCGAAGGGUGCAAAAAGACGGGUAACCUGUACGACAUCCGAGAGGACAGCAACCACCUGCUGGAGCAGCUCGGGGAGGGGAAGGGCGGGCUGGGGGGCCCGACUCAGGCCCAACGCAGACGCUCCGGCUUCAGCGGCAAGCCCCUGCGCCGCCAGCACUCCUACGACACGUUCGUGGACAUGCAGAAGGAGGAGGAGGCGGGCAUGGGCGGUGUGCUGGGCGGCAUGGGCCGCGGAGUCGGCGGUGGCGGCAUGGGUGGCGCCGGCAUGGACGCCAUGCUGCCGCCGCCGCGGAGCGUGAGCCUCAAGGAGAAGGAGCGCUACAUGGAGGGCAGCAGCCCCUUCGCGCACAUCUUCGAGAGGCACGGCGGCUCGGAGCGCGAGCGCGACCGAGACCCCUUUUACGCCGCCGGCAGUGGUAUCGGCGAGCGGGCCAAAAGCUCCGGGUCGCCCUUCGGCCUGUUCCGGGGCGAGGGCCUCCACCGGCGCUCGGUGGGCGAGAGGGACAUGCGGGACCGUGGUUUGAUGGAGGGAGGGGUUUACUCACUGUCCAAAUCCCUCUACCCCGACAGGGUGAACCAGAACCCCUUCAUCCCCACAUUCGGCGACGACCAGUGUCUCUUGCAUGGCGCCAAAUCGUACUACAUCAAAAAGCAGCAGCAGCAGCAGCAGCAGCAGCAGCAGCUGCACAAAGGGAGCCGCACGGACUUGCGGGGCUCGGUGGGGGUCACCUCCUUCCUGCCAGCCUCUGCUACGGCAGGGGUAAUGUCCAAUGUGGCCCAGAGGUUCCCCAAGGAGCUGUGUCUGGGAGGACUGGGCCCCAUGGGCAACCACCUCGGUGGGCCCAGCGGGAGCAAGCUGAGCCUGGGUCCUCAGCGACCCUUCAACGGCUCCAGCAACGGCCACGUGUACGAGAAGCUCUCCAGCAUCGAGUCAGACGUGUGA